AUGGUCAGUCCAUAUAAUGAAAUGUGCAGUCUAUAUAAUGAAUGGUCUAUUGCUAAUGUGUAUUACCCCAUGCCCAGCCACUUCGAGCGCAAUAUGUUCGCGAGGUCCAUGGAGAUGACCGGGCACGUCCUUCUCGCGAUCGUGAAUUUUGUCGGGCUGCGCGCCAUUGCGGCAAGCGCAGCAUUCGCGGUACGAUCCACCAGCAGGUCGCAGAGGCAUGCUGGUGCUUAUGUGGCGCUGACGGUUGUGGCUUUAGUCGGAUCAUCAGCUCGGCUACAGGUCAUGUCGCAAACAGCAUUCGCCGCGAUCAACGCUUCCAGCGACGACCAGCUGCAGGACUUCUACCUCCAGUUCCUUGACUAUGUAGACGAUGCGCAGAUCAAAUGGAUCAAGUGCGGCUACCUGCGUCGACUCUCCGCUGCUGGGUCCACCGUGGUUCGGUGUCAAAGCGCCCCACUGGACGGGGUGAUCAGCGGGAGCGCCGGGUUCCCGGCGCUCCGGACCCAUAAGAAGAGCCUUUUCGUAGUGUCGUACCCGUGGUUGUCGAAGCAUCACCCCGAUCCCGAUGGCAGUACGCUUUGA